CGAACGAUUCGAUACUGUUGUUGUUUGUGGGUGGCGGAGUUUUGCUUUUAGUGGCCGACUUGAGCAAGCAUGGCGGAUAAACGAAAAUACAAGCGAUCGAAAGAGGAAAUCGCGCGUGAAUUUGACUUGCCCGAGCGCAAAUCCAAGAUAGCAACAAUACUUAAGCAGGAUGAUCAAGCCUAUUGUAUUUGUCGAACAUCGGAUUGCUCCAGAUUCAUGAUCGGAUGCGAUGGCUGCGAGGAAUGGUACCACGGUGACUGCAUCGGAAUCACGGAGAAGGAGGCCAAACAUAUAAAGCAGUAUUACUGCCGCAAAUGCAAGAAGGAGAAUCCCGAAUUGCAGACGAUAUUUCGUCUGGUGGCCACAGAGCGAGCAGCGGCAACAGCUGCAACGUCAACAGUAGCUAGUGGCAACAGCGGCAACAGUGUUGGCAUUACACCUGGAACGCUUCCAGGUAAUGGCACAGCUGGUACGGGACAAGGCAGCACUGGCGCUGCAGCUGCGAGUGGUCGCAGGAACAAUAACAAUAGUGUGGCCAAAGAAACAAAGGCGGCAAGACGUUGUGGCACUUGCGACGGCUGCCGGCGGCCCAAUUGUAAUCAAUGCGACGCUUGUCGCACACGCGUUGGCCACAAACCGCGUUGCAUCUAUCGGAACUGUGUAAUGCAAUCAACGAAUCCGGCUCAGCAGCAGCCAGCGACAGGCGGACGAAAGCGGGAAAAGGGAAACCCAAUGCAGCAGCAGCAGCAGCGCAAGAACAAAGUGGUGCGAACAGCCAGUCCAGAGAUAUUUGUGCACCCAGAGCUGGAGGGUAUACGUCAGUGUCAUGGUCCCGGCUGCCGCUGUCAGGCCCGACCGCAAAGUAAAUACUGUAGCGACAAGUGCGGCUUCAAUCUGGCAACUAGUCGUAUUUUCCAGGUGUUGCCGCAGCGUCUGCAGGAAUGGAACCUCACACCGUGCCACGCGGCCGAGGAGAAUCGGGAGCAGCUCGAGGUGAUACGGCAGAAGCAAUCGAUGGUACGUUUCGCACUCGCCGAACUGGAGAAGCGGGCCGAGGAGCUGAACAUGGUGGUGGAGCGUGCGAAGCGCAGUUCCAUCGAUACACAGCGGCCGCAGGAUAACGGCGAUGUUGAGGAUGAGCAGAGCAUGUACUGCAUCACCUGCGGACAUGAGAUACAUUCACGCACCGCUAUUAAGCAUAUGGAGAAGUGUUUCAACAAAUACGAAUCGCAGGCCAGCUUCGGCAGCAUCUUUCAGACGCGCAUGGAGGGCAACAAUAUGUUUUGUGACUUUUACAAUCCGGCAAGCAAAACGUAUUGCAAACGCUUGCGCGUACUCUGUCCGGAGCACAGCAAGGACCCCAAGGUCAGCGAUACGGAUGUGUGCGGUGCACCGCUCGUUCACAAUGUCUUCAAUCCCACGGGCGAAUUCUGUCGUGCGCCCAAAAAGAAUUGCUUCAAGCACUAUGCUUGGGAGAAGAUACGCCGGGCGGAAAUUGAUUUGGAGCGUGUGCGUCAAUGGCUUAAAAUGGAUGACCUAAUGGAGCAGGAACGCCAGCUGCGACAGCAACUUAGCUCACGUGCCAAUCUACUCGGUCUUAUGCUGCAUUCCACCUACAAUCACGAGGUCAUGGACGAACUGGUACGCAAGCAACAGGAGCAUUUUGUCGAGCUUGAGAAACAGAAGCGUCGACAGGCGCAUUAUCAGCAGGUGCAGCAGCAGCAACAGCAUUAUCAGCAGUUGCAUCAGCAAAAGCAACAACAUGUGCAGCAACAACAAGUGCAGCAACAGCAACAACAGCAGCCGAUCCAUCAGCAACAGUUGCAACAUCAAUAAUUAGAAUUAAUUAUCAAUACAAAUGCUAGCUAAUUGGUCGUACAUCUGUCACAUUAAACAUAUAUAGUAUUUAGCAAUUAAAUAUAACACUUCUGUACACCAGCCCUUUAUACAUUAAGCAAACACAAAUACAUUUGACAAGCAUUAAAUAUUAAGUACACCGAAACCGAUCACCAUGGAUAUUGACUAUAUAUUAAACAAUAAUGUCGUUACCAUCGGCAACCUGAUCAACAGAAUUCACUAUAACUAACCGGCUUGCCUCCCCCCUUUCACUCUUUUACUCUGCCCAUCUCCCUCUUGUCUCUGUUGCACCUACUAUAUCUAUCCUUCUCUCUGUCUGUGCCGUGUGUUGGUUGCUAUGUGCCAAUUCGGCUUGCCCCUGUUUGUUAUUGAAAA